CCCUGAGUAUCAAAGUUUAAUCCGAGUCUGUUUUACACAAAGCUCUGCUUCUGAAGCUCCAAUCAUCGCCUUCAAGGUGGAUGAGUUGGUAAGCGCAAAACGAUUGGAUCUACGCUGCAUCAACAACUUGGAGGCUUGUGUGCUUCAGGCUUCAGGGGCUCAUGAUGAUACUGAGAGUGCUGGUGGUCGUCACCUGUCUAAGCGCUGCGGUAUUCAAGCAUCCGUUCGCUCCCUUGCUGCAUCUCACCUACCUUUCUCUUGUCGGUGUUUCAGAUUGCCUCUCCUAUCAGUGGGCGUUGGAGGCCUCUGGCAUUCACUGCACUCCACACGUCACUCAGCCCCUAUGCAGUCCCUCUGCGGUGCAAGGCCAGCCCCAGAGCGAUAGCAUGGAACGGUGGCAGCAUUCAUGGCGGCCUUCUACACCUCACCAGUCUUUCAUCGGCCGCUGACGUAGGCAACAGCUUCGUCGAUGCCCUGCCAGCACUUCUGCAGCCGUCAGCGGUCUUUACGGCAUCAAACGCCUUCGUUCUUCCCUUCUGGGCUUUAAUGGUCAUCGCCCCAGGCGCUCAAGUCACCGAGAAGCUCAUGCGGUCGGUCACCCCGUUUAUCGUUCUCGGGCUUCUCUACUUGUGGUUGGCGGUGAUCUCCUCAACGUUCCCUGAAGCAGUGGAGGGACUCGGACAGGGUGCGGGUCAGCUGCCGGUGCUGACAAAGGCGUUCUCGCUGGAGCCGGUGGUCGCCACCGGGUGGGUGCACUUCCUUGCCGAAGACCUCUUCGUCGGCAGAUGGGUUUAUCUUGAUGGCCGAAAGAACGACGUGCCUAUCCGGCACUCGUGUUUGCUGUCACUCUUAUUCGGCCCGCUAGGGGUUGUUUCUCAUCUGGUGACGCGCGAUAUCGUGCGGCGGCUGCGUGAGGCAAAGGACGGCGCCACCGGCGAGCCAGCGGUGGAGGAUGUGCUGCUCAAGGGGUCGCGCUGAUUCAUUACCGUGUUAGAUCUGGGAUAGCCUGGAGCAAGUGUGCUUUUGGCCGAUAAUGUACCGACACUGUCCUGCAAUGAAGAAAGUGCGACUAGCUUUGGAGCAAUGCUCAAGAGCAGAGCGAGAAGGGGCGGACAGACGCUGUCGGACAGACUCUCAGUCAAAUGGGGCGUUGGAGGCUUAAACGUGC